CUUGGAUUACGCAAAAUUCUCACCCGCUACUCCUCCAUUUCGCCCAUGUCCUGCUAAUCUGCAUGUUGCAUGCACCUUGUCUUCUCUCUCUUUCCAACUCCACGUGUCCCAUCCCCCUCUCAUACGCGUGUCCCCUUUUUACAUCUCAUCACCGCCCCUUCUUUCUGUCUCCUACCCUCGCCUCCAAAAUUAAAUACUCUCAAACAAUUUCAUCAUCUUCAUUUUCAUCUCAUCAUCCAAAAACCCUAGCUAAAACCUUGCAUAAUUCUCUACAAAUUACAAACUUAACUUUAUUAUUUACUGUUUUUAAUCAUGUGAUUUCAGUCAAUUUCAGGGUCUUACUAGAUGGAGGAAAUCGAAGAAAUAGAUCCUGGUGAUGAAGAGGAGUAUUGGAAGGUGCAAGAUUACAAAAAUUACUCAAAAUCAUAUGAAAGCAAUAGCAAGUUAAGCCGGAUAUGGAGAGGAGGGGUAAAUCUGGGGAAGAAAAUGGUGGUAACAGGUGUCGUGGUCUCAUCUGCCUCCUUUGUUCUUCCUCCUCUUGUAGUUUUAUCUGCCAUAGGGGUUGCCUUUUCUGUUCCUGCUGGUGUUGUGAUUGUCUCGUAUGCAUGUGGUGAGAAGCUUUUGAACACUUUGCUGCCAAUGCCUUUGGCACUUCCUUAUGAAGGAAAUGGGCCAAUGUAUAGUGAUGAGUCAGGAAAGUACAUUGUUUACGAAGAUGAUGUUGACAAAGGGUAUGAAGGGGAUGAGGACAUUCAGUUGGAAGAAGACCUUAGAAAGGGGAUGGAAAUGAGGAUUGAAUUGGCUGAGGAAAAUAAUAAAGAAACUGUUGAUCAUGAUCAAACAUCUGCCAACGAGGAUGAACUAGAUAAAAUGUCAUCAAAAGUGAGUGAGAUUGUUGAAGAAUGGGGGUAUGAGGAAGAUCUUGGGGAGUACAAUGAGGAUGAGGAGCAACCUUUAAAUUCAGAAAUGAUUCCUGAUAUACUAAAAGGGAUCGAAGAGGCAGAAAAUGAGAUUUCUUUAAUAAAGAAAGAAGAGGGUGAGAUGCCAAAAGAUUCAUUGAAGGGAAUUGUAGUGGAGGCUCAAUUAGGUUCGGAGAAUGAGAACAAUGUUGAAGAAGUAACAGAAGACAUGGCCUUUGUAGGUGAGGAGGAUGAGAGUAGUGUUGAUCAAAUGAGGGGGUAUAAGUCUCUUGGGGAGUACAUAGAGGAUGAGGAACCUUCAGAUUCAGAAAUAAUAGCUGAGUUACUAGAAGGGAUCCAUGAGGAGGAGAAUGAGAUAUCUUUUAUGGAGAAGGAAGAAUAUGAAAUCCCAAGGGCAGUUUUAGAAGCUCAAGUAGGCAGGGAGGGUGAGAAUGAUUCUGAACACGUAAUGGAAGACAUGGCCUUUGCAUCACCAAGAAACAUAGAAGAUUACAAGGGAAAUUCGACUGGCAUAGAAGAGGAUGAGUUACAUAGGGAUGUGUCAGGAUUGAUUAAAGAAAUGAGUGAUGAAAGCACAGAGGAAACACGUGGAGAAAAUGAGGAAAUUGAAAGAGCUCUCAUAAAGGAUAUGUCUCAAGUAAAGGGAAACACGAACCUCACUAUCCUUUCCAAGGAGGUCAAAGAGGUAGAGAAUGAGAUUUAUUUAUUGGAGAAGGAGAGUGAUAUGCCAAGAGAUUCGUUAUUGGCAGUUGUAAUAGAGGCUCAUGUGUCUGAGGAGAAUGAUAACAAUGUUGAACAAGUAACACUAGACAUCGGGGAGAGUGAGAACAAUCUUGAACAAGUCAGGGGUUAUGAGGAAGAUGUUAGGGAGAAAAUGGAGGAUGAGGUAGAAAAUGAGAUACUAGCAGGGAUCAAAUGGGCCGAGAAUGAAAUUUCUUCAAUGGAGAAGGACGAGGGUGGGAUACUAGCUAAUUCAUUAAGAGCAGUUGUACUAGAGGCUCAGGUUAGUGGGGAGAAUGAGAACAAUAUUGAACAAGUAACUGAAGGCGUGGCCUUUAUCAUACCAACAAUAGAGGUAGAAAAGGAGAAUAGGUGCAGUGGAAAUGAUGCUGGUUUAGCAGAGGGCGAACUAAGAAGGGAGACAACGGGGUUAAUUGAAAAGAUGAGGGAUGAGGGUAAAAAUGACUGGAAAAGAAAUGACAGUUCAAAAGAGAAAGCACUAGAAGAAAAUGAGAAAUCUGAAAAAGGAUUCUUAAAAGGUGUGUCUGAUAAGUUGGGAAACAAGGACAUUACUGUCAUUCUUGAGGAACCUAAGCCAAUCAUCGAUGACAAGGGAAAGAUACAAGGCCGCAAAAAUGAUGCAAAUUUAAACAAUACAAGUAUUGAAGCUGAUGAGAGUGGAUUAUUGUAUAAAGAGUCAAGAACCAUUGUAGAAAAUUGGCUAGUGGUAAAUGUGAAGGAUGAUGAAAAUGGUACUGCCACCGAGGUUCAUCAAGGGAUCAGCUUGGUUAAUCUAGAAACUUCUGUGCUUUCCAAUAACGACAGAGAAAUGGCCGGUGAAAGUGGGUUUCCUCGGUCAGACAAUGGAACUGAGGAACCUGAUCAAUUUGCAGAUUCAUUUGACACAAUGCCUGAAGGGGAUGAUGUAUCUUUAACUGUUGAUUAUCGUGAGGUUGUGAUUGAAUCACUCCCUGUGUCUGAAACUACAGAAACUGCACCGGAUCAAGGAAUUGCUUCUUCUGAUAAGGUAAAAUUGGACGAGGAGAAGAUAUGGGAGCAAAUCAAUGCAAUGCGAACCAUUGUGGGUUACAAGAACACUCCUCACUUUUCAUGUGCAGAGGAGCUAAAGGCGCUUUAUGUGUUUACAGGGGUCGAGCCACCAGCCACAUGCAAGGGCCCUGCCGAUCUAGCAGAUAUCAACGAAAAUCUCCACUUUUUAAUGUCUAUAGUUGGCGUCAAGUAGAUUGUUUUACUUAAUUAGGUAGUUGAACAUUUUCCCUUUUGGAUUUGUAUAUUUGUUCUCGACAAAUUUGGAAUAUUCUUGUGCUUAUAGUUAGUGUAGUUGGUUUGUUGUGAGAUAACAAAAUGUAGCAGGUUGCUUGCUUAAUGUUUUUAUUGAAAGAAUGGACGAAAAUUCAUCACAUCA